CGCACUCCAGGCUCUCUUUUUACCUUGAGUUGAUGCAAUCAAUGUAGUUAUGGAGACCCCAUCCACACCCAGUUGAGUCUUCCUCUUCCUAAUACGGCCAAAGCCCACACUCUUCACUUUCUCACCUAUCCCUUGGACCUCUCCCCCCCUCUUUCUCUAUUUAUACUCUCCACACAAGCCCUUCACUUUCACACCUUCCUCCUCUUAACUGCCUCUUCCCCCUACUCUGUAAAACUACGAGUUUUCCCUGAAAAUGGAGGUAGAAAGCAAGACCAGCUUUGGAGGGAUGGAGAGCAAAAGCAAGGAAGUGAAGGUGGUGACCGGUGGGAAGUUGAGGCCCUUUGACUUGGUUUUGAGGGUGGUAGCCUUGGCUCUGACUCUUGUUGCAGCUGUUCUCUUGGGGGUUGAUAAGCAGACUAAGGUGGUGUCUUUGCAGCUCCUUCCAACCUUGCCUCCCAUGGAUGUUCCAGUUACUGCUAAGUGGCGUUACUUAUCUGCCUUUGUGUACUUUGUGGUCUCAAAUGCCAUAGCAUGUUCCUAUGCGGCACUGUCACUGUUGCUUUCAGUGGGGAACAGCAAGGGAAACAAAGGGUUGGGGUUGGCGAUAACUGUGAUGGACCUAGUGAUGGUGGCGCUGCUCUUCUCCAGCAAUGGAGCGGCGGGGGCCAUAGGGCUGAUGGGGUAUGAGGGGAACUCGCGCGUCCGAUGGGGCAAGGUCUGCAACGUGUUCGGGAAAUUCUGCAACCAAGUGGCAGUUGCGCUUGGGCUGUCUUUUUUUGGAGGACUGGCUUUUUUCUUGCUGGUUGUGAUGGCGGCUUUCGCCCUCAAUAAAAGGCAUUGAGUAGAAAUGCAGAUGGUAAUGUGGGGUUGGAUCAUGGGAUCGUGGAUGGAUGUUGUGUUUUCUUUUGUUUAGUUUGGAUUUGGAUGUUUUAUGAAAAUGUGAAGGGAUGGUGUAUUGUGGACUUUCAGGGAUUCGAUUUCCUAAUGGAUAGUAAUUUUAUAUAAAAUAAAAUAAAAUUUUAAAAA